GUUGAUAUACUCUUCAUUCAACGUUUAUCCUCACUGCCAGCAACUAAAGAAGCGAUACUGCUGAUAUUUAACGUACUUUAAGUGAAGAGAAGUUCAGUAAAUUACUCACAUAAAAAAUUAUUACGUAAUAUAUUGCAAAGUUUUUUGAAACGUAUAUAUGUUUGUAAGCACCGAAUUUGAACUGCGUGUAAAGUAAUCCACAUUUUAUUAACAAUGUGCCGCUUGAUCCAGACAUUAGUGACUGUCGCCCUUCCGCUCGUAGGUGGUUUUCUCUGCGGGUAUUUCUUUCCACCUGAUGACUGGUAUAAAGGGCUCAAAAAAUCUGAUUUGGUGCCACCGAAUUGGGUUUUUCCAGUUGCAUGGUCUGUAUUUUAUUUAGCUAUAGGAUUUGCAUCACACCUUAUCUGGAUCAGUAACCACAGUGGUUCAGGUAAACCCUUUGCCCUCAUACUGUAUACUGCACAAAUUCUUUUAAAUUGGGCUUGGACCCCAAUUUUCUUUGGUGCUCACCAAGUAUUAGCGGCUCUGAUUGAUUUAGUUGUAUUGUUUGUGGUAGCAGCAUCAUGUACUAUUGCAUUCUUCAGAAUAAAUCUUGGGGCAGGUUUUCUUAUGAUUCCUUAUGUUCUUUGGUUAGGAUUUGCUUCAUAUCUGAAUUUAAGAAUAUAUCAAUUAAACUAUUAAUUUUAAUAAACUAUAAAACAUUUUUUUGUUCUUUU